AUGAAUCCGAAAUCAUCAACUGUACUACUCCUUCUAGUAUACAUCACCACCUACGUCAUAGCAACCGCAAUCCCCCAAUCCAUCCCACAAGCAGAAACGUUUCAACUCAGUGAAGAUGAAAUGAAACACCUCGCCAACGACCCCAAAGUCACCCACAAGGUGACAUUCACCAUCAGCCAAAAAAAGCCCACUGAUUCGCCCACUGACACCAACAGCAAAUCCACCCACUUGGGUAAAUUGACAUUGGCAUUAUUUGGCGAAGUGUGUCCGAUAACAGUGGACAACUUUUACCAACUAGCAGCCAUGACUCGUGGAUACGGGUACAAGGAUAGCCAAUUCCAUCGCAUAAUCAACAAUUUCAUUAUCCAAGGCGGGAAUUACGACGGCGAGGGGGGCAAGCUGAUUUUCGGCGGACGUUUCAAUGAUGAGAACUUUGAGUUGAAACAUGACAAAUUGGGUCGGUUGUCAAUGGCAAAUGCCGGACCAAACACCAAUGGCGGACAAUUUUUCAUCUUGAAUGUGGACAAGACACCACAUUUGGAUGGCAAACAUGUGGUGUUUGGCCAAUUGGUGGAUGGGUUUGACACAUUGAUGAGAAUAAGUGCAGUUGAAACUGAUAGCAGCGACAAGCCUUUGGAUCAGAUUGUUAUUGUGGAUGUGGAAACGGCAAAAUUGAGCACUGAUCCGCAAAAUGGCAACGAAUUGGAGACUAGUGCCAAGAUGGAUGAAGCUAAACCAAAAGCUGAUGAUGUCAAGAUUGAGCAAGUUGUUCAAACUGGUUCAGUUUACCCUUGGUUCCUUGUCUUGCUUUUGAUUGGAAUUGUUGGAGGCACUUAUUAUAGGAAGGUGCAUAAAGCUGACAGGAUUACUGAUAUUAGAGGAAAUCGACGCUUCUGA